AUGAGCAGCAGAAAAAAAAAUUUAAAAAUGUGUUACCGAAAAACUGAGCCAGGAAAAAUCGAAGGACACAAUGAAUUGAAAUUUCACUAACAAGAGCUGGAAAAACAGUAGGAAAAAAUCAGCUGCCUCCGUAAGAAAAGUGAAAGCAAAACGCGUGAAACGAACUAAUACACCAAUAAACCAAUACAAAAACAAUGCGAACAAAAACGUAACGACAAAAUUUCAAACUCAAUGAACGAGAAAUUAUCACUACCCGCAGCCACACCUAUUGAACCGCUGCAACAACAACAACAACAUCAACAGACCAGUACUUGUGCGACCAUUGACCGCGCGGAUUAUCAUUACGAACCAACGCAGCUACUAGCGACAACAUACACACACGAAAGCACGAACAGCAAUAAUGACAAAGCGAGUGGAAUUGAUGUGGGCUGUGUGGUGGAUGGCAGUGAUGGUGGAGCAGCAGCUGCAACAAUCGGAGCUGGAGGUGCUGCCGGCAGUGAAUUGUAUCGUUACGCGUCGGUAGCAAGUUUAGGCGGCGGCUCAACAAUGCUGGGUAUAGACGCCUUCAUGGCGGGCACAUCUCCUGCUCCAGCUGGUGCGCCUCUAGCGCCACCUGCGACAAUUCUGAAAAUUAGCAACAAUGGAGGCAGUGGCAGCGGCAGCAAAGGUAGCAACUUGAACAGUCCGCACAAGCAGCAGUUGGGUGCACCACAGCGCGACAAUUUUUGCGGUUGCUUUGGCAACGGCAGCCCGAAUGAGGGCGUUGGGGUCGACGAUAAGCAGCAAUUGCCCGCGUUGACUUUUUGGCCCGCAUUGUUUGCCAAUUUGGGUAUUUGCACGCUACUGCUCGGCUAUCUAUUCAUUGGCUCAUUUCUAUUCCUCACCAUAGAAACUUCCGGCGACGGAGGCAGCGCAGCGGGCGUUGUCAGUGAUCCAAAUGGCUGGUCAUACGCGCACAAUGCAUACAUAUCGACACAACAAGAACAAAAACCACACAAACACCCAGCUGAAACGAGUUUCGGCGAAGCGCAGUCAAAGUUAUACAAAUCUAGUGAACCGUUAUUGGAUGUGGCAACCGCAGGAGGAAUGCGCUUGCAAGGAACUACUGCUGCUGCUGCUGCUGAUGGAGAAAAGCCACAUGAAAGCAGUAGCAGUGGCAACUUCCACGUGAAUAUGCCCAAUACGAAGAGACAGGUAGCGGUGAAUAGUACGCAAACAGUUGCAACGGUUGCUGUGCAAUUUGAUGUGAUUGCAAAACCGGAAACGGAAACAUACAUUGACAACAAGCACGCCAACAAGUUGGGGCCAACGAACAGCAUGACGCCGCAACAGUCAAAUGACGCUGCCGCUGGUAUAGCUACAUACGAGUAUUCAACACUGCGACAAGCCUAUCGAGUUGCUGCUAAUACCAUGGAAGCUGCCAUUGGCAAUGACAUUAACGGCGAUGAUGUUGAUGUUGAUGCUGAGGUUGGUGCUGGUAUGGCUGAUGGGGAAGGGGUUGGCGAGGUGAUGGCUGCGGCCGAUGGUGCAUGGGGUGGUGAAAAUGUGGCGCUGAAACGUACUGUGGAGAAUAUUUGGGAUAUAACGGUUUCAUUGAAUAUACUCUACAAGGAAAAUUGGACUAAAUUGGCCGCCUUGGAGAUUAAUAAAUUUCAGGAUCAAUUAGUCAAACGGCUUGUCAUGGAUUUGACUCUAUCAACGGCGACAGGAGUAGUGGGGGCAGGUAUGCCCGCAACAACAAUGAACGAUGCAUAUUCAAGGCAACAACAGCAGCAACAACAACUAUACUCACAACAAGAUAACAUUGAACAACAUCAGCCAUCGCAGCCGUACGAUUAUCACAACAUGGAAUCGGCUACAAAUAAACAUUACGGCAAUGAUGCAGCUCAACAGCGUCAACAACAAAGACAACGUGAACGUUACUGGCAUUUACAAGCGGCACGACAACGUCAGUGGCAAUUGCAAAAGCAGCAACAGCAAUUUGAGUGGAAUUUCGCAACGUCAUUUCUGUAUUCGCUGACCGUGGUGACGACAGUGGGCUACGGCACCAUUACGCCACGCACUACACUCGGCCGCAUGGUCACCAUUGCGUAUGCUACAAUUGGCAUUCCACUCACGUUGGUGUAUCUCUCGAGCAUCGGCAGCAUUUUGGCAAAAUUAGCCAGCGGCUUUUGUGAGCGUCUACUAUGUUGUUGUUUUUGUCGUGCGUCUCCCAAUAAACGUCAUACAAUUUGUGGCUUUAGUCGACAACAGGUCUCGGAUAAAAAGUGUAAUCUCAAACUGCAACAGUUACAAAAGCAUCAUCACCAACAACAGCAGCAGCAGCAGCAUCCGUCGAACUCAGCUCAGUUGGCACAACAACAACAGACAACGCAGUCUACACAAUCGGCACACUUGCCCUACUGCUACGUGCGCCCCCCGGCUGAUGAUUCACUUAGCUAUGCUGAGCACUCACCACUCUCUGCGCAUUCCGGCACGCGCAACAGCAGCGCGCAUACACUACGCUGGUCGCUAGCGCUGCCGCUUGGCUUCUGUGUGCUGCUCUUAUUGUCGUACGUUGCCUUCGGCUCGCUGGUUAUUGCGCUAAUGGAGCAGUGGCCUUUCUUCGAUGGCAUCUACUUCUGUUUCAUGAGUUUGACGACAAUUGGCUUUUGUGAUCUACUGCCGGGUGCGCAUGUGCGCCCUGCCACCACCGCCUCCACGUUGGUCGUGUGGUUCUGUGCGGCGUACAUAUUGAGCGGCCUAACGCUCACCUCCAUGUGCGUGAAUUUGUUGCAUGAUGAAUUUUUGCAGCGUAUGCGUGUUGUGGUGAAAUUCAAAAAAGUUGCCACCGGCAAGAACACAGCGAAAGAGCGAAAUUUCUUUGGUGCACCACCUUGACGAUGCGGCGAAAGCUGUGUGGGUGCGCGCGCUGGUGGUGGCACAGCUGUUUGCAAUGCAACUUUGUCAUCGAGACUGCUGCAUGGCGAUAGCUUUCUGCGCAUGGUGGCAUUGUUUCUGCGGAAUGGAAUACGGAUGCAGCAGCGAACGAGCGGGCGAUGAAGAUGCAGAUGGGUGUGUGUAUGUGAGCGUGAGAUGUGGAACGAGUGGAUCGAUAUAUGAGAUUAAACCUGUGCCAAACGUGAUUAUUUUUUAAGUGUUAGUCGUACUUAAGUGCGUAAAAAAAGUGUGUUUCUCUUCUUUAUAUUCUUAAAAAUAAAGAUACUUUCGAUUGAUUCGUAAUUCCAUUUGAUGCCGCACAAAAGUGACGUAGUGACAACGCCCGGCGCAGACAAUGAGUCGCGCAAAAAUCAACGCCUACCCUCUACUCCAUGAGCCAUCACCAAGAAGCUGUGUGAAAACUGACACAAUUAACUCUUGGAAAUUUAAGCAGCAGACGCUGACAAAACGUGACCAUAACGAAAAUUUAAUUUCAACGUAAAUUAAGUUGAGCUUAAAACUUUGUGAGCUCCACUCCCCUCAUCGUAUCACAUCGAAUUAUUCUGUAACUUCGACGCUACCUUCAAACGCACCCGCACAUAGAGGGGGAGUGAGUGAGAGAUUAUGCCACGAGUACGUGAAUUCUGCGCUCAGUACAGUUCAAUUUCGUGAAGCUUUGUGAAACGUGACAGCAAUGCGCGGCAACAGCAACAACAACAAGAACAACAACGUUUUCUUAUUAUUUUUAUUGCGGCGCACUAAGGAGGCAACAUCGAGAAGGAGUAGUAGGGUAAGGAAAAUGCGCAGGCGAAAGUUGACAGUUGCUUGACAGUUGACAGUGAAAGUUAAGCUGCGGUAGCUGCCACAAUUGACAACUCACAGCUGACGUAGUCGCUGUCACUGCGGUUGUGGUCGGCGGAGUACAAGUCGUACAUGCGGAAAUGGGGUAUGGUGAAUAGCAGCGGAUGCGAUGGCAAUCUUCACCGCUGUCAUUUGCAUAUUUCAUAAUAUAUUUGAAAUGAGUGCAAGGAAAUAUACGAGUAUAAGGAAAUGUAUAUUUAAAAUUGAAUUUAAAUAUUUAUGAAAUGUGUUCAGUUGUAUUGAAAAUAUUUUAAAAAUAUGAAAUAGAAAAAAACCUGCAUUUAUUAUUUUUAAACCGUAGCGUGAAUUAACAUUAAGUUUGUUAGAGUGU